CUAAGUGAGCAUGUUUGACUGGACUAAGUCAGAAAACUCAGCCUACUCUCUCUCUCUCUCUCUCUUCUUCCUCUUCUUCUCCUUCACAUUCCAUCUGCCAUAUAAGUACACAUAGAUUGUGCACGGUAGGCAGCAAGCAGGUACUUAAUAUAUGCGCUACGAGGUGUUCGUCUUCGUCAUCGUUCAGCCAAAGUCUCAACAUAUAUCUCUCUCUCUAUAUAUAACUGGUACUAGCUGCCAUAUAUAUAUGUAUAUAUAUGAAAGCUAGAGCCUGAGAGAAGCAGCUUGCUGGCCGGGAAUAAUAGUGGUGAAGAAGGCGCUGUAGGCCGGAGAGAGAGAGAGGCAGCAGCAGGGAGAAUGAGAGGGUUUGAGAGGAAAGGAGUCCGGCAGUACAACUGGUCGGAGGUGCCGCGGAUGCGGUGGACGGAGGAGCUUCACCGGCAGUUCGUCGAGGCCGUCGAGUGCCUCGGUGGCCAGGACGAAGCAACUCCUAAACGAAUUCUUCAGUUGAUGGGCGUGAAAGGAGUUAGCAUAUCUCAUAUCAAGAGCCAUCUUCAGAUGUACAGAAGCUCUAGCAACAGCAGCAGUGCCCAUCAGUCCAGCCUCCAGAAGUCGACAUCAAGCAGCAACAGCAAGCGCGUGUUCUUGAACCGUGAAGAUCACUGCGCCUACGCGUCACCGGAUGGAAACACGGCAGCUUCAGACAAGAACAUGUACGCCGCCUUGCUCCGCGGUUGCAGUCAGUCGUCACCAUACCAAAUAAUACCAUCGCUACAGGAAGUAUUCAGAAGCUGGGAACAAAGUAGAGGGCGUGUUCCUUGGAACUCCAACGUGCUGACAAUAGAGAAGGCGGCGGUUAAGCCAAGUCACACUACUUCCAACAAGAGGCCUGAUGAGAAGCAACCGGACUGCGACCUCACGCUGUCGAUCGGCCUGUGGGAGGACGCGAGCAGCGACGCCGACGGCUCGAGCACGAUCAGUGAGGAGCUCCCGGCUCCGGCAGCCGGUGCUCGCGGUGUCGCCACCGUGAAGGAGGAGGACAGCAAGCCGGCACUGAACCUGGACUUGACCAUCUCGUCGUCUUGGCUGGCGUGACGCCGGCCGGCCGGCACACUCACGUAACGCUCGUGUACAGUUGUACGGACACAUGCAGAGUUAGUAGCAGAGAUUGUGUGAUCAGGCUUCAGUAGACUGCAUAUGGCGUGGUAGUCCGAUCCUGAUAGGUCUCUCGGAUUUUCGUGUCAUCCCCUUCGCCACUCCGAUCCGUUCUUGUCAUUUUUUUUCUUUUUAGAUUUUUAAAUUUUCGGGUUUGUUCGAUUAGGAAUCGGGGCUUCAGACGACAAUGGGUGAGGAAUUUCUGCUCUCCUUUUCUUUCUCCUCGGGAGAAGGCGUUGCAUACCUGAAUUCCUCACCUAUCAUCGUCUGAAAUGUUCUAUUUCUGAUCGAUCUCUAGACUCUUAGAAAGGAGUAUGCAUGUUGCUACUA